UCUUAGCUUUGGACAAUUCCUGGCUGUCCAUUAAUAUAUCACAUUAUGGAAAUACAUUUCCCACUAAAGUGAGCUAAAGAAAACCCUGUACACAGAUAUAUUAUUUCCUUCACUAUUAUGACGCUGUUCCAUCGAUCACAACCUAUUCUCCACAUGAGGGCGCACGAGGCAGUUAGAGGAACGUUUAUUGGACAUCCUGUGCAGCAGGCGGCAGUAAUGCCAUAUCGUGCAGUUGACGAAUAGAUCCAUGUUGUUGUAUGUCCAAUACAUGGCUCCGUUUUGUACAUUACCUAUCUACCAAAUAGAAUAAGACAACAUUUUGCAACAAGCAAUGGAAUAGCACACGAUCAAACAAAAUUUCGGACGUUAUUAAUCUCUUGGUUUCGUAAUUUUGAAAGGUGCCUCCGCACAUUGUGUCGAAUGAGUACCCUAGUGCUUAAAACUGAACGGUGCGUCGCAGCUCCUGUUUCAAUCCUCCCAUCACUUGUGUCAAUCUUUCCUUCACAACACAGGAGGUGCUGAUGUAGGAAAUACCGGGGAUUUGAAUUUGGAGGGAAAAGUGGACGUGUCAACAUCCAGUGGUGAGGCUGACAAAAAUCGAGCUGACAAGAAGGCCACAUGAAACCAUAGUGAUGAAAAAAUGCUUGAUAUGUCUGGAAAGAUUACCACCCUCACUAACGUACUGUAACAAACAGAGCACCUGUGUACCAAAACAGACUGCCACUAGUCCUAAAGACAUUCACGGUCCUGACGCCCAACCUCCCAGUGGGUACUCUUUAGUGUUCACCAGACCCAGAAGGGAACAGGGGAACACAAAAGCACAACCCACAGCAGCAGAAUCAAACGCAAGUGAGGAGAAUGUUGAUGAGGACCAAUGGAAAGGGGUGAAUGCUGAUGCUGGACAAAUGCUGGGAGACAAAUCUCUUCAGGACAUAAAGCCAAGACCCAGCAGGAAACAAACCAAGGCUACCAUCACCAGACAAGAGCACCUUUGUCCAGAAUGCGGGAAGGUUUUUAAGAGUUUAAGUAAUUUUAAACUGCACCAACAAACUCACACAGGAGAUAGACCUUAUUGUUGUGAGUUAUGUGGGAAAUGUUUUGCAACUGCUUGGAAGCUCAGAAAUCACCAGUUUGUGGUCCACAGGAGGGAGAAGACAAUUGAGUGUCCAACAUGUGGGAAGUGUUUUGCAACCAAGAGUUAUUUGGACCGUCAUGCAAAUGUUCACUCAACAGAGAAACCGUUCAGAUGCCUCGUGUGUCAGAAGUGUUUUAAAAGGAAAAAUUGCCUCAAGGAACAUACGAUGUUGCACAAUUCAAAUUCAAACGUGUAUGCUUGUGACGCAUGUCCAAAAACCUUCGUGAAGUUGAAGUACCUCAAGAAUCACCAGCUAACUCACACUGGAGGGGGCACUCAUUAUUGUGAGUUGUGUGGGAGACGUUUCAAGACUCAUUCUGUACUCAAACAGCACCAAGCAUCCGUUCAUAGGGGAGAGAAGCCAUUCCGUUGCGUUAUUUGUGGAAAGUGCUUUGCAGAAAAGCAACAUUUGAAAAAACACACGAGUAUCCAUUCAGAAGAGAGAGCUUUCCAGUGCUGCCAGUGUCAGAUGUGUUUCAAAACCAAAUAUAUGCUCAACGACCAUAAGAAGACGCACUCCGACUACAAGCCGUAUGCUUGUGACAAAUGCCCAAUGACCUUCGUUCGGUCAAAAUACCUCAAGAUGCAUCAAGCCUCUCACCUGACCAGCAAGCCGUUAGCAUGCAGCUACUGUGGGAAAGGUUUCAAAGGUGACCGGGAGCGCAGGAGACAUGAACGCACCCACACUGAAGAACCACCUCAUACCUGUGACAUAUGUGGCAAGGGUUUCUACAGACGGCAUUCGUUAAAAGUCCACGCAGCCUUGCACACGGGAGAGAAGCCCUUUUCCUGCGAGAGCUGCGGCAAGACGUUUGCUCUGGAAUCCUAUCGUAAAUCCCAUGUAGCAAAGUUUCACUCGGUCACAGAACACGUCUGUAAAAAGUGUGGGAAGAAAUACAGGGAUGUUAUUCAUUUCAGAAGCCAUGUGGUUCAGGGUUGUUUAGGGAAUAGUGCUUCAUCAUUGUUUUGAUUGAAAAGAUUUCUCUCCGUUCUAAUUUCGGGAAAGAAUCUCAUACCCCUCCUGAGGGAAGCCACUGGGAAGACAGGUUAAAAGACGACCGGUAGCUUAGAUUUUUGGCAAUGCUGUUUUUCCACUGUUGUUUUGGAAUUGUGAAUAAAGUAGUACAGAUUGGAUUUAAUCACA